AUGGGUGAAGAGAGGGGAACGAGAGUGAAAGGUGGGUGGCUCUAUAAGCAGCGGCUAGCUGGCUGUGGCGUGGGUGGGAGACUCGUGAGCUGUGCUGGUACGAAGACGAAAGAGGUGAGUGGAGUGGGGGGCAGAGGAGGUGAGGAAGAGAGGAAGCGGGUGAGAGGAGAAGUGUAUGUGGGCGUGGGUGGGAGACUAGAUGACCCAACGGCAGUGAGGCUGUCUGCAGGCCACAAGCUCUCAAGCUUCCCUCCCUUCCCUUCUCUUUCCCCCUCUCCGUUCCCUCUCCUUCAUCGAGAUGUCCUGGCGGCGGUGGUCGUGUGUCGUCUCGACCAAUCAGACGCGUUUCUGGUGCUCGGGUCGGACGGCCUGUGGGAGCAUGUGGGGGACGACGAGGCGAUAGGGGUGGUGGUGGUGGCGUGGAGCAUAGAGCGGGCAGCAGCUGCAGAUGGGGAAACAGAUGGGGUGCAGCUGAGAGCAGCAGGGCUGGAAGGAGACUCGGAGGCAGUUGCAGUUGCAACAACAACAACAACAGCAGCAGUAGAGGGGAGGCAUGAGGAGAGGGGGAAAGGAGGGAACAGCAGGGAGGGGGAGGUGCCGGCGGGGUGUGCUGCCCACACGCUCCUGGUGCUGUGGGGUACGUCCCUAGCUGCUGCUGUGGGGGCUCUGGUGCUUGUUGAUGUGGCUGCUGCUGCUCCAACGCACACAGCAGGCACCAAGGCCAGCAGUUGA